GGGCGCCAGAUUUGGCGGGAGGGGGGAGUGUCCCAUGGGCUUUUGUUUGAGGGACUCUCUCCCCGUGCUGUGUUUACAGUGAGCCGUGUUUCAUCUCUCAGGCUGCCACCCCCUCCCCUGUCCCUCCCCGCCGGCUCCCCUCCCUCUGCGGCUCCUCCUGAGAAACUUCUCUCAUAGCGCUACACAUCCACUAGUUGCUGCUGCUGCCAUCACCUCCGCCGCCAGUCCCAGUGCAGCACAGUGCCCGCUGCUGCUGCUGCCGCCGCUGUGAGGAUGAUGCCCAGGAGACCGAGAAACAGCAUAUAUAGUUCAGAUGAAGAAGAUGAUGACAUAGAAAUGUAUGAGCAUGAUUACGAUGGUCUUUUCUCCAAAGGAAAACGGCACUUGGGCAAAACUCGAUGGACGCGGGAAGAGGAUGAAAAACUUAAAAAACUAGUGGAACAGAAUGGCACAGAAGACUGGAAAGUUGUAGCUAGUUUCCUUCCUAACCGAACAGAUGUUCAGUGCCAACAUCGAUGGCAGAAAGUUUUAAACCCUGAACUUAUUAAAGGGCCAUGGACUAAAGAAGAAGAUCAGCGGGUGAUAGAAUUAGUGCAGAAAUAUGGCCCCAAACGUUGGUCUGUGAUUGCCAAGCACUUGAAAGGGAGAAUCGGUAAGCAGUGCAGAGAGAGGUGGCACAAUCAUCUCAAUCCAGAAGUGAAGAAGACCUCUUGGACUGAGGAAGAGGAUAGAAUCAUUUAUGAUGCUCACAAACGCCUGGGCAAUAGAUGGGCAGAAAUCGCAAAGCUUCUUCCUGGGAGGACGGAUAAUGCUAUUAAGAACCACUGGAAUUCUACUAUGCGUCGCAAGGUCGAACAGGAAGGUUAUCUGCAGGAAUCAUCCAAAACCAACCAGCCUUCUUUAGCAACAAUCUUCCCAAAAAGCAACCACUUGUUGGGCUUCACCACUCAAACCCCACAUUCCACACAAGUGUCUCAAAGUGGCCAUGCAGUGAACAACUUCUCUUACUACCAUUUGGCUGAGCCACAGAAUGCACCUUAUCCUGUUGCACUGCAUGUAAAUAUUGUCAAUGUCCCCCAACCAGCAACGGCUGUUGUUCAGAGGCACUAUAAUGAUGAAGAUCCAGAAAAGGAAAAGAGGAUAAAAGAACUAGAAUUACUUCUUAUGUCAACAGAGAAUGAACUAAAGGGACAUCCAGCAAUACCAAACCAUGCAGAAGCCUAUCCUGUAUGGCACAGUACAACAAUUGCUGACAACUCUAGACCCCAUGGGGACAGUGCUCCAGUGUCCUGCCUGGGUGAGCCCCAUAUGUCUACACCUUCCCCACCAGCAGACCAUGGCUGCCUUCCCGAAGAAAGUGCUUCUCCUGCCAGGUGCUUUGGGGUCAACUUAUUAAUACAGAUGAAAAACAUGCCUGAAUACUCGGAAACACUUCAGCUUAUAGAUUCUGAUUCUUCGUCGUGGGGUGAACGCAACAGUUUUGAAUCCAAUGAGCAAGCAGAUUCCUCACCUAGCAAAUCUUCCUCAGGCCGAGACUCAGAGCCUCCGGAGGGGAUGGGCAGCCUGUGCAGCCCAAGAGAUGAACCCAAUACAAACUUAAGCAAAAGCAUGUUGUAUGUGGGUUCGCUCACCUCGCCCAGCUACUCAAAUUCCCCAAAAUGCACGUUGUCACCGCUGAUCGUCCUGUGCAAAAAGAGAGGGCGUCUGAGUUGCUUAGCCAGUGGAGAGAGUGGUCUCUUCAACCUGGCCGACAGUUCUACGCCCAAGCGCUCCCAUAUCGAGAACCUGCCUUUCUCUCCCUCUCAGUUCUUAAACCCCUCAGCUGCACAUGACAGUUUGGAUAUGGAGCACCCCACUCUCACCUCCACCCCACUAUGUGCCUCUCAUAAGUCUACCAUAACCACACCACUUCACCGGGAUCAAACGCCACGACUUCAAAAAGAAAAUCAUAUCCUUAGGACUCCAGCUAUGCGAAGAUCAAUUUUGGAUAGCUCUCCAAGAACUCCUACGCCUUUCAAAAAUGCUUUAGCAGCUCAGGAAUUCAAAUACGGGCCACUAAAACUUUUGCAUCACACCCCCUCACAUCUUGCAGAAGACCUUCAAGAAGUCAUCAAACAGGAGUCUGACGAGUCUGGCAUUGGACCUGAGCUCCAUGAGAGUGAUGAGCCUCUGUUAAAGAAAAUUAAGCAAGAGGUGGAGUCUCCAACUUAUAAGGUUGGCAACUUCUUCUCUGGCCACUGGGAUCAUGAAAACCUCACUGCUCAGUUAUUCACACAGCAGAAUAUUCUAGAAGAUACUCCAAAUCUACUUACUAGUUCCCUGCUAAUGAAACCUAUGUCAGAUAGAGAAGACCACAGAGUGAAAUAUUUUACUGUGCCCAGGAAUAGAGCAUUGACAAGCCCACUACAGCAACUUAACAAUACAUGGGAAGUAAUGUCCUGUGGAAAAACAGAAGAGCAGAAACUGUAUACAGAAAUGUAUCACAAAUACAUGAAAAAUGUAUCCACACUUGUCAUGUGAUGACACAGCGGAAACUGAACUAGCAUUAUCAUUCUAGAAACACUUCAACACAGUUGGAAUUUUGUUGAACAAUUCCUCUACAUGAAGCUUUGGGAAUUUUGUUAAUUGGGAGAAUUUUGUUGUGGUACAACAGUUGGGAGAAGCACCAAGUGCAUUUUGUUCUAGUCACUGAGCAUAUUGUUGGAUUUUCAUCCAGCCAAAGAAUUUACUGGGGGAUGGAUAUUUCCACACUUAAAAAGUGACAAUUCUGCCUAUAUAUUUAGGUGUUGCAUUGUAAUUUAGUUUUCACAAAAUGAACCUGUUGUUAAGAACAAGCAAACUUAUUACCAGUAUUGUUGUUUAUAUAUUUUUGGCAUAUUACCAAGAGGAACUCUACCAGUUUUUGGUUAAUUGCCAUUAGACAAAAUGCAUUGAUACACAACAGUACCAAGCAUUACUACAAUUCAAUAUUUAUAACAGACACAAAUGGGAAUCAAUAUUGUGAAUACUCAAACUUGUAAAACAAUUUUCAAAUUUUUUUUUUUUAAACAUAUCAGUGUGCGUGCUAAUUUUAUUUUUUACAUUUUUUUAUAUAAAAUUAGCUUGCUUUAAAUGGCUACUGACUGAAAAUAUUUUUAAUAAAAAAAAAGAAAUUAUAUUUUUAUUCACUAAUUUAAUUUUUUAUGAAUAAAUUGCCAAGAAUUUGUUUGGGUUUUUGUAUAUUUUUUAUUUACCCCCGAUCCCUGCUGCUAUAACUGUAGCAUGUAGACAUGCUGGCAUUGUGAAAACAUAAUUGGAAUAUGUAUAAAAAGACCACUAUGUUGAUAUCUGCUUAAUUGUGCACUAGCAUUUCAUAACAUUUUUGUACUUUUUAAAGAACCAUUUUAUACAUUUUCUAGAAAUAAAAAAAUACUGGGAGACUGUUUUGAAAAUUGCACCUUCAGUUGUUUGGGAGAAGACUGCAUUUAUGUAUUCAUGUUUUUAUUUCUUUUGUCUGUUUCACCUGAGUUCUAUUUUGAGUCCUCACUUUCUGACCGAAUGUUCUGUUGUUUUGUAUAGUUACUGCCUUUUGUCUGGACGUGAUGAGAAAAGUUUGUAUAAUUUGAAUCUGCUGCCUUAAAGGAUUUAGUGCAGCAUCUCUGCACUUAUUUUAUACUGCCUUUGUAAAAAAAAAUACAUGAAAAUAAAAUAAAGAGUGUUUUCUAAAAAAAUA